AUGAAUGAGUCGAACUUUACCAACGACUCCUGUGAAGCUCCGUUUAAGUGUGAAGAUGUGAGCUACAACCCCGCCGUGCCAUAUCUAGUGGACGCCUGGCUGGUACCGCUGGUAUUUGCUCUCAUCAUGGUGGUGGGACUUAUAGGAAACUCACUAGUACUGCACGUCAUUUCAAACCACAAGAAAAUGUGGACAGCGACUAACAUCUAUAUAGCUAACUUGGCACUGACUGACAUCACCUUCCUUGUUUGCUGUGUGCCCUUCACUGCAGUGCUUUAUCCUUUACCCAGCUGGAUCUUUGGGGAUUUUAUGUGCAAAUUUGUUAGCUACAUCCAACAGGUAUCUGCACAGGCUACCUGCAUGACAUUGACGGUGAUGAGUGUGGACCGUUGGUACAUUACUGUGUAUCCACUGCGCUCUCUAAAGCAUCGUACACCAAGAGUGGCAACUAUGGUUAACCUGGGUAUCUGGAUGGGAUCUUUUUUGGUGUCUCUGCCAGUACCACUGUACACUAAGACUUUAACUGGAGAAUGGUAUGGCCCUCAGGUGUUCUGCACAGAAAGCUUUCCAACAUCAACUCACAGGAAAGUCUUCAUCCUGUAUAACUUCCUGGCUGUGUAUUUACUUCCACUGGUGACCAUCUGUGUGUGUUACCUGGUCAUGUUGUACCAGAUGGGCCGGCCAGCUGUUGAACCAAUUGACAAUAACUAUCAGCUCCCAGUUCAGGCAGAGCACAGUGCUGCUGUGAGGACCAGGGUAUCUCGCAUGGUGUUGGUGAUCGUACAGCUGUUUAUUCUGUGCUGGGGUCCCAUCCAGCUCUUCAUCCUAGCACAGGCAUUCAGCCCACACUUCCGUCAGGACUAUUACACGUACAAGGUGAAGAUAUGGGCACACUGCAUGUCCUACAGCAACUCGUGCAUCAAUCCCAUAGUCUACGCCUUCAUGGGUGCCAACUUUCGCAAGUCCUUCAAGAGAUCCUGUUUUUGCCUCUUUAAACACCGGCUAACUGUCGCCCAACAGCCGAAUGUGAAUGGUAAUACUGAGAUGCACUACGUGUCUUAGAUUCUAUCACUGUGGUUGCAGCAGUGUUUAACAUUUGCAUUUGGCAUGGUGAGAGAAUAUGAGCUAAAUCUUCAAUACCAUCAGAGAAUAAGUGGCUAAGAGAGGAAAUUAUUGGAUGCUGCUGUAACAAUGAUCCCAGCUUAAGCAGUGGAGGAAUACAAGGAGCAUAGCAUGUUCUCAAUACAUGUAAGAGCUUUAAUUCUUCUGCUGUCCAAUAGAAAAGGUGCAUCCAGCAGCUACAUACAUGUUGGAAUGUGCGCAAACAGCCCUCCUCGACGCAGAAAAACAGUAAAGUGUGUACAAAUAUUA